GACCGCGUCCGGGCGCGCCACGUGUGCGUGGGAGCGCACCGGAAGCGUCCGGCUGGAGGCGCGGCGGCCGGCCUGGGCGGCGGUGGCCGUCAUGGAGCGGGAAGAGGAUUCCUUGUCCGCGCGGCCGGCCCUGGAGACCGAGGGACUGCGCUUUCUGCACGUCACGGUGGGCUCUUUGCUGGCCAGCUAUGGCUGGUACAUCGUCUUCAGCUGCAUCCUUCUCUACGUGGUCUUUCAGAAGCUUUCCGCCCGGCUGAGAGCCUUGAGGCAGAGGCAGCUGGAGCGAGCUGCGGCUUCUGUGGAACCUGAUGUUGUUGUUAAACGACAAGAAGCUUUAGCAGCUGCUCGAUUGAAAAUGCAAGAAGAACUAAAUGCGCAAGUUGAAAAGCAUAAGGAAAAACUGAAACAGCUUGAAGAAGAAAAAAGGAGACAGAAGAUUGAAAUGUGGGACAGCAUGCAAGAAGGAAAAAGUUACAAAGGAAAUGCAAAGAAGCCUCAGGAGGAAGACAGUCCUGGGCCUUCCACUUCAUCUGUCGUCGUGAAACGGAAAUCGGACAGAAAGCCAUUGCGGGGAGGUGGUUAUAACCCUUUGUCUGGUGAAGGAGGUGGAAGCUGCUCCUGGAGACCUGGACGCAGAGGCCCAUCAUCUGGCGGAUGAAGCUAAAAAUCUUGUAGAAUAUUCCGUGGUUGCUUCUUGACAAAGGGAAAUACAGUCUGGCCGUGCGAGACUUAAAAUCUCUUGAGGAGCGCUCUGGAGAAUGGCUGAAGGAGAGGAAACAGGAGCCUUGAGCAGUGUAAUUACAAACAAAUAGGUUGGCAUAGUCAAGACUAAGUCUGUGAGUCUAGAGAGACUUGAGUUUUAUUUUGCCUGUGGAGGAAAUUGGGGGUUUCAGGUCACAGAGAGGGUCAGUGGAAACAAGGGUGGACCUUGUGAGAGGUGUGGGGAAGUCCUGGGACCCUCACUCCCCUUCCAGUGUGUAACUGGAUUGGCUCCCACCAGCACAGAAGAUUUAUAACGUGGGAAAUGGUAUACUUGGAUUAAAAUAUUUCAUCCAGAUUUGUUUACAUCUAGAGAGAACCCCUUGUAGGAUAUAAGGGAACUUUUUAACAUUCUUCCUUGAGCAUACUUUCUGUAACUGAAAAUGUAUGUGAAGUGGCUGUCAACUACACAUUUCAUAAGUAGAAGGGUUCUGGGUCAGGGUUUCCUAUGCAGCAGAGCAGCCCCCUUGCUGCCGUCCGUCAAGAGCCCUCAACACAAGAGUUAUAAAUAGAAAUAAAC